AUGAAGCACAACCAACAUCUCAGCUCAACUGUCCCGUUCAACACACUCAAGAUUCAACCGGGUCAUGGUUCAACACACCACACUCAGGCUCAACUGUCCCGUUCAACACACUCAGGUUCACCACAACGCAUUCAGAAAGAGAAGACGAUCCUGCCAGGGGACAGCGGAGCGGACAAAGCGGCGUCACAAGCGCGUGUGGUCUCCCCCGUGGAGCUAGAACUGGGCGGGCUCAUCUACGCCCCGCCCCCGAUGUCCACCGCCCUCCCCGAGCUGCAGAAACAGCAGAUGUCCGCGGGUGAGGAGGCUCGGGAGGGAGGAGGAGGAGGGGAGGAGGAGGGGGAGGAGGACCACGUGGUCUCUAUCGUGAUGGGAGACGACAACAUGGACGUCCAUGAGGACAAGUUUUACGACGCCCGGCAAGACGAAGGGGUCGCUCUCACUGAUAAUAACAACGACGAUGACAACGAGAACGGUGAUGAUAACAAAGGGUCGCGACGAGUGCGUAUUGCGGGCGACAAGGACAAAGAUAAGGAAAACCACGACGUUGAUGAUGAUGAUGAUGAUGAUGAUCACGUUGGCAGCGUCAGCGAGAACGGAGAUAUCGAUGACACCACGCCUAAACAGCCCAAAGGUCGUCAUCAAACAGAGGAAAACAAAGAGGAUGAUGAUGAUGAUGAUGAUGAUGAGACUCUAGAUGACGAGGGUUUCCCACUUGACCCAUACAGCUACGUCCACCCUCCCCCCACCACCCACACGUCGUUCGCCCGCUACGAGAAGUUCCUCCAGCGCUCCUACGAGGACCUGCUCACCGUGCACGCGCCGCACGACGACUCCAGCUCCGUGGUGAGUGACGUGUGCAGUCCCCGGCCAGACCUACGUCACCAGCCCGCCCUCCACCAAUCACAGCACGCCUCCCCUGCCCCCACCCUCCCCGCGGACGGGCUGUCUAAGCUACGAGCCACCAUGCCAAAGUUCUCCAGCAGGGCCGCCGCCUACUCCUCCUUUCGACACUCGCAUCCUACGACAGCUGCCACAGACCACGCCCCCCGGGAGGCGGGCACUACCACCACACUGAUGGUGGCCCCGCCCAGAGAGCGACAAAUGAGCUACAGUGAUUGGCUGGGGGCGGGCUACUACACGGACGACUACAGGGACGACAGGCCGGUGGGGGUGGGGGGAACGCACGGGAGGCAGGAGGCCAGACACGCGGAGCUGGAGGAGAGGGAGGAGGAGAGGGAGGAGGAGAAGGAGGAGCUAGAGGUCACGGGCCACGGGGUCACAGAACAAGAGGUCACACCGGAGGAGGGCAAAGGUGAAGAGGAAACAGCGCCUGAAGGCAAAGGUGGAGACGAAGAGACGGGGCAGACAGACGGGGUGAGUACACAGAUCUCUUAG